CGAGGGAGGAGGAGGAGGCGGGAGCCCGAGGGAGGAGGCGGCGGCCUGGGGGGGUUGGAAAAUGACUCAGUAAGUUCCGCGCCCGCUCCGGCCGCCCUGCGCCUCCCGCCGCGCCCGGGAUGUAUUCGUCCCCGCUGUGUCUGACCCAGGAUGAGUUCCACCCGUUCAUCGAGGCGCUGCUGCCGCACGUGCGCGCCUUCGCCUACACCUGGUUCAACCUGCAGGCGCGGAAGCGCAAGUACUUCAAGAAGCACGAGAAGCGGAUGUCCAAGGACGAGGAGCGCGCGGUGAAGGACGAGCUGCUGGGCGAGAAGGCCGAGGUGAAGCAGAAGUGGGCGUCGCGGCUGCUGGCCAAGCUGCGCAAGGACAUCCGGCCCGAGUGCCGCGAGGACUUCGUGCUGGCCAUCACGGGCAAGAAGGCGCCGGGCUGCGUGCUCUCCAACCCCGACCAGAAGGGCAAGAUGCGGCGCAUCGACUGCCUGCGCCAGGCCGACAAGGUGUGGCGCCUCGACCUGGUCAUGGUCAUCCUGUUCAAGGGCAUCCCGCUGGAGAGCACGGACGGCGAGCGGCUGGUGAAGGCGGCGCAGUGCGGCCACCCGGUGCUCUGCGUGCAGCCGCACCACAUCGGCGUGGCCGUCAAGGAGCUGGACCUCUACCUGGCCUACUUCGUGCGCGAGCGAGACACAACUGACUUCCAGGAGAGCUUUGUCACUUCCGGCGUGUUCAGUGUCACCGAACUCAUCCAGGUGUCUCGGACACCCGUGGUGACCGGAACGGGUCCCAACUUCUCUCUGGGAGAGCUGCAGGGGCACUUGGCCUACGACCUGAAUCCAGCUAGCACCGGCAUGAGAAGAACGCUCCCCAGCACCUCUUCCAGCGGGAGCAAGAGGCACAAAUCGGGCUCAAUGGAGGAAGAUGUGGACACGAGCCCCGGCGGCGAUUACUACACUUCGCCUAGUUCUCCCACGAGUAGCAGCCGCAACUGGACGGAGGACAUGGAAGGAGGCAUGUCCUCCCCGGUGAAGAAGACGGAGAUGGACAAGUCCCCAUUCAACAGCCCGUCCCCCCAGGACUCACCCCGCCUCUCCAGCUUCACCCAGCACCACCGGCCUGUCAUCGCCGUGCACAGCGGGAUCGCCCGGAGUCCCCACCCGUCCUCGGCCCUGCACUUCCCCACGACCUCCAUCCUGCCCCAGACGGCCUCCACCUACUUCCCGCACACGGCCAUCCGCUACCCGCCCCACCUCAACCCCCAGGACCCGCUCAAAGAUCUCGUCUCGCUCGCCUGCGACCCAGCCAGCCAGCAGCCUGGACCGUUAAACGGAAGUGGCCAGCUCAAAAUGUCCAGUUACUGCGUCCCCACCUCGAUGCUGGCCCCUCCGCCCCUGGCGCUGUCCCCGGCUACCAAACCCACUGCCACCUCCCAGCGACGAGCCACACCGCAGACCUCGCCCACCUACGCUCCGCCCGACACGCCCCCUGCAAACCGUUCCUUUGUGGGAUUAGGACCAAGGGAUCCUGCGGGCAUUUAUCAGGCACAGUCCUGGUAUCUGGGGUAGCCCAGGUCUCUGCGGGUCCGCACGCUUCUCCUCCGUGAUCCUGGGCAUCUCGGGGCCUCGACGCCAGCCCCUCUCCCCCGGCCCGCGUUUUCGGUGGAAAAUCAGAGUGAGCAAAAAAACACCCUGCCGGCUCCCAGCUCGGCUGAAAAGACAAACUACACAGACCUAUGCACGCAGGAAGAAGAGAAAAGAGGGGAAAAGGAAAAAAAAGACAAACAGGAAAAAAAAAAA